UUAGCUCGUUUAAUCCGGAAACGGCGGCGAGAGCCAGCCGCAGAACCGAGGGACUAUCGGUGGGAUCCGCGGGGAAAGAGCGAGACCCGGAAGCGGAAGCGGAGCUGCAUUCCAGCUCCGGUUCCACCCAAGCUUUCCAGUUGUCCUAGGCCCAUUGGCAGGCUUCUGCCGCAAUGGACCUAUUGUUUGGGCGCCGGAAGACCCCAGAGGAGCUGCUUCGACAAAACCAGCGGGCUUUGAAUCGAGCUAUGCGCGAGCUGGACCGUGAGCGACAGAAGCUGGAGACCCAGGAGAAGAAAAUCAUUGCAGACAUCAAGAAAAUGGCCAAGCAGGGCCAGAUGGAUGCAGUACGCAUCAUGGCAAAAGACCUGGUUCGCACCCGUCGCUAUGUGCGCAAGUUUGUGUUGAUGCGGGCCAAUAUCCAGGCUGUGUCCCUCAAGAUCCAGACACUCAAGUCAAACAAUUCAAUGGCACAAGCCAUGAAAGGUGUAACCAAAGCCAUGGGCACCAUGAACAGACAGCUCAAGUUGCCCCAAAUCCAGAAGAUCAUGAUGGAGUUUGAGCGGCAAGCGGAGAUCAUGGACAUGAAAGAGGAGAUGAUGAAUGACGCUAUUGAUGAUGCUAUGGGUGAUGAAGAGGAUGAAGAGGAGAGUGAUGCUGUUGUGUCCCAGGUACUUGAUGAGCUGGGGCUGAGCCUGUCAGAUGAGUUGUCAAACCUCCCAUCCACUGGUGGCUCACUCAGUGUGGCUGCUGGUGGGAAAAAAGCAGAGGCUACAGCCUCUGCCCUUGUAGAUGCUGACGCUGACCUGGAGGAGCGGCUCAAGAACCUACGGAGGGACUAACGGGAGAAGUACAAAUGUUUUCAUUGUUAUGUCUUCUGUGUUAAUAAAAAGAUCGAACA